AUGCAAUGGCGUCGUUCCGCUAGCGAGAUUCUUAAAUUGUGCCGUCGUCGUAUUUCGUGUUUAGAAUGCGCUGAGCUAAAGUACGAGCAAUUCAUCCAAGGCCUCAAGCUCGGCCUCCGAUCGUGCCAGAGAUCACAGUUAGCCAUUUUAAAUGUUCAAGAACGACUCUCUAGGCCGCAGCAGAGCCUGGAGAGCUCUGUAACUGCAAACAAUGACCCUGGCUAUAACGAAGGCGUGCCAAUCAAGCAUGGUCAGACCUCCUACUCUGGGGUUGUAUUGGAGGAUAAACCGUUGCUCUUUUCUUUUGUUUUGGGAAUUGUUUCCCUCCUCAACUGUAGAUUUGGCGCAUCGCUACGGCCUUACCCAACCAAAUAUUACGCGAUUAUCUCCCCACCUCUAUCGCAUCACUACUACAACACCCACAACGCAGCCCUGCAACCUCCCAGGCCCGAUGCCGGAGCUACGGCUGGCCAUUACGACAACAUAGCUGCCAGCUGCAAGGGCAUUGCCACAAGCAUCUGCACUAUUUUGCUGGGGUCUGCCAAAAAGCAAGCAGCCUCGACGCCAACUCGAUGCUCCCUUUCUAAGCUUCUCAAAGUUAGGAAUUCCAAGUAA